GAUAUAUGAGAUAAUGUCAAAAUACUUAUACACGAUUUAUGCUCCUCAUUAAAUUAAAAGUGAUUGAAUUUUUUUAAAUUAAAAUAUUGUAAUUAUAAUAUUAAUAUAUUAAUUAAUUAAAUAAUUAAUAAAAUAUUUUAUUCAUUUAACAAGAUUUAUAAAUAAAUAUGAUAGAAAAUCUUGCAGCUAAAUUAUGUUUACUUUUGCCAGAAAAAGCUCAUUCAGCAGAGCAAUGGAAAUUAUUAGGUCAAGAAAAGGAUGGAUCUUUAUUAGUUGGAUGGACAGAAGAAACUAUAAAAGACAACAUAAGUAUAUCAUAUACAGUUAUAGGCCAUUACGACCGGAUUAACGAUAAGUUACAAAUAUUGCACCAAUUCUUAGAAGUAUUAAACAUUGUGCAAGCAACAAUAAAUCAAAAUCGUACUGUUUUUGGAUAUGUAACAAAACAAAAAGUUUCUAUAGAUACAAAUGUAAAUUCAGAAUCUAUAGAUAAAAAUAUAUCAACUGAAACUGAAAUGUAUGAAGCAUUUAUUGUUGAAUUGAAAGGAAAAGAAAUCAAAAUACAUAAUUUAGAUACAAAAAAAUCUAAGCAAGUAAGAAUUCAAUUUUUAUAUAAAGAAAAAGAACAUGGACAAUGGGAUAAAUUUUUAUUAUUAAUUCAUCAAGAAUAUGUGGUAAUAUAUACAAUAAUAUUUGAUACAUCAGUAUCAGAUUUUUAUUCAAUACAAGAGUUAAAAUUUGAAUCAUUAGUUAAAGCAUUUAUUUGGGCUCAAUGGGACAUGAUAAAUCAAGUCCUAUAUUAUAUACAUCAUAAAAAAAUUCCAAUAAGUUUAGUUUCUGAAGAUGAAGAGGAAAAAGAAAAUAAGUCAAUAAGAACCAAUCCAACAUUGAGUGGUCUUCAAUUUCAUGAUGAAUUACCUCAUGAGACAGUAUUAAAUAUACCAUUGAAUUUACCUCAAUUAUCAACUUCAAACUGUGGAACUUAUGAAGAUGACGUUAUACCUUUAAGAGUUCAUGAUUGUUCUUUAGAUCUCAUUGUAGUUUCUGAUUCUAAAGGAAUGGUCUGUGUUUGCCAUCAUUAUUUAUAUCGUCCAAUAAAACCACAGCAGCAUGUAUUUAAUUCAUUGACUGAAUCUAACACGGUACACUUUGCAUAUUCUGUAACACUUCUUCAUCAUAGUUGUGUGAUCCAUUGUGUUAUACCAGGUAUACCAUGGUCUUAUGCUAAACUUAUACGACCAACGUUUGCAAUAUAUGAACAUCAUCAUAUGAUUGUUCUUGUACCAAGUUUGUUUACUCAUCUUCUCGAAAUUGGAACAAAUCAUGAACCAUGUUGUCACAUCUUAUGUGGCCCUUUAACUUCUCUUCCAUCUCAUUCUUCAUAUUUGGUACCAUUGCUUGAAUUAGAAAGUAAUAGCAAAGGAAGCAAGAAGAAAUAUGAUACAGCUUUUUUAGAAGGAAAUAAUAUAUCUCAAUUUAAUACAAAUAUACUAACAAUAGAUUUACCUACAUUGGACUUAGUACAAUUAACAAUUUCAUCCGAUUUUCUUACCGAAGUAUUUCGUAAAGAAAGUUCGGCAGAAGUACGCUUGGGUAUAUUACAUUACUUUCUUUGUCAUAAAAAUGAUCUGGAUAUUAUUUCAGAAUUAGUAUGCUCGAUUGCAGAGAAACCUAGAUCGUUGGAAAUUGUACGAUAUAUGCAAGAAAUUCUUAUCGGCGGUUCAUAUGCCUUAGUACAAAAAAAUUUAUUAGCAGACGCCGUACCUUUAUUGGCUUUACUACCCGUUACAACUAUGGAAGAGUAUAUAAGUUUUGAAAUAAAAGUAAAUGAUUUAAGUGUAACAUUGAGUCAUGAAAAGCUUUGGAAUACAUCAGUAAUGUUAUUAUCACCACAACAAAGAUUGAUUCCAUAUCGUAGUGAUUUAUGGACUAGAUUAUGGGAUCAACUUAGUAAAAAUAAUGGAGAUAAAGUAAGAUUUAAGCCAAAUAAAAUUGCAGAAAAAUUGUUAGUUUCUUUAGCAUGUUAUCAACCUGAAGCAUUAUCUAGAUCCAGUACUCCAAUGUCUCCAAGUGGAGGAUUUGUUGUAACUACAGUGUCACUUGGAGAUUUAACAAGUGGUCGUAGCAAUAAAUUAAUAGAUUCUAGUUUGCCAUUUAAUGAAAUAGAAAGUUGUACUGCUUCUAAACAGGAGCAUAUUGUAUCAGUAAAUUUACGGGAAUUAUCGAUGUAUUUAUUAAAACAUGGUACUCAAACAUCAAUAACAUAUGUUAAGGGAUCAUGUACUCCGUUACAUGUCCAUGCAAUGGCAACCAGACAUGUGGCAGCACAAUUAGAAACAUCGCGGACUCUUUGUCAAAUGUUAUGUCGAGCCGCUAAUAUUGAUCCGCGAAUUGAACAAGAGCGUGGUUUUAUUCUCAUCGAUCAAUUAGAUGAAAUAAGACGAUGGUUAUUAUUCAUAUUGUUGGAACGUUAUAGGCGUUCAAUAGAAAGUAUAGCAUUUCCGGCACCGCAAGGAUUUACAUCAUUUUUCACUUAUCUUGGAUAUAGAACAUUAAAAUAUUCCAUGUUUUUACAAUACGUACAACGAUCAGUAUUUGAGUUACAAGUUGAUGUCAGCAAAAUUAUCAUGGCUGAUAUCAGUGACACAAAAGAAAACGCCAUUCGUAAAUUAACUUUAUUAUCUUUAUUACCGAAAUCUCGAGCAAAAAGACUUUUAAAUCAAUGGUUACAUCCUGUAAGUUUUAUGUUAAGAGCUCGUGAACAUGCUGCGAACAUUUUAUCUGGAGAAAUAUGUCAAAAUCGUGGUAGAACUUUGCAACACAAAAAUCAUCAUAAUGGUUUAGCGGCAUUUCCUUCGGCAGAUCGUUUAUCUCCUUUAGAUACAUUUCUUGAUCUUCUUACAGCAAAAGCUAGUUUAACUGAAUUAGAUUUUGGUCUACUUAUAGAAGCUACAAUAACAUCUACCGAAGAUUUUUUAUAAAUACUUCAAUUUUUCUAAAUUUAUUUAUAUCUAGUUGAAAACAUAUGCGCAAAUAAUUAUUCGAAUGCGCAAAGUGCCAUUAAUAUCUUCUACCAUAUAUAUUAUUUAUAAAUAUGUAAUUUUUAUUUUAUUUUAUAAAUUUCUAUAUGCGUCGCGCGGUUAGUUUUAUAGAUAU